UCAGCAGCAGCGGUCAUCAGCAGCGAUCAGCGGCGCACGGCGUGAAGGGAAGAUUCCCCUUCCACGAGGAACAAUCAAAAUGGUGGUUUCGUACAACGCGGGUGAUGUGGUGCUGUAGACAGACCUCGGCUCGCAUCGUCGUGAUCGUUUGAGAGAGACGCGAAAGACGUGAGCGUUAAUACGCGAAGCCGGAUAACGCAACAUGGGGGACCCGAAGAGCCAGCACGGCGGGCAGGAGAUGAAAGGCUGGCUUUUCAAGUGGACCAACUACUUGAAAGGUUAUCAACGGAGAUGGUUCGUCCUGUCAAACGGGCUUCUGUCGUAUUACAGGGCCGAACCGACAGGGGGGCCAAAGAUAUCAACGCGACGCAAGCGGAGGACUGGCAGAGCCUCCGAAAACCCUGCGGAGAUGUCCCACACCUGCCGCGGCACGAUUUCCUUACACGGGGCCUUAAUACAUACAGUGGACGCCUGUACUUUUGUCGUCAGCAACGGUGGCACGCAAACCUUUCACAUCAAGGCAUCGACCGAGGUGGAGCGACAGCAAUGGGUUACGGCGCUCGAAUUGGCAAAAGCCAAAGCGAUUCAAGCAAUGGAAUCUGAAGAAGAGGAGGAGGAAUAUCAAGAUAACGACAAUCAAAACGUAGAAACUGCGUCUGUGAUUAAGGAUUUAACGCGACGAUUGGACGAUCUGCAAGCAUGCAACGAUUUAAUAUCCAAGCAGGGAGCUGCGCUUCAACGAGCUUUAUCCGACUUGGAAAUGUUAGAGCCUCCGUCCCCCGAUUUGGCGGCAAAAUUCAAGACCGUCAGCGAGCGAGCUACGCUUUUUCGGAUUGCGGCAAAUGCUAUGAUUAGUACGAGCAACGAUUACUUGCAACUAGCCCAGCAACAAGAGCCUAAAUGGAAAAAGAUGCUACAGCAUGAGCGAGACCAGAAGGUGCGGAUAGAGAAGAUGGUUGAACAACUAGCUAGGCAACAUUCUCAUUUGGAGGAAGCUGCACAACAUGCGAUUCCUUCAGUAACACUUGCAGGAGGACACCGGCCUUCACAUCCCGCAACUACGACAUCACCGUCGGAAGAUGAGGAAGAUAAUGCUGAAUUUUAUGAUGCGCAAGAAUCAGAUACUUUCACUCUAAGCAUACCCGGAGUGGCCACGAGCAAUUCCAUUUCCCACACGAGAGAUCGCACCGAUUCCCAAGGUAGUGACGAUGGCUCCAGUUCAGAAGGGGAUCCGACACCUUUGCCUGUUUCCGAUUCCACUGGUGCAGAGUCGUUUCUCAUUGUGACCGAUUCUACAGCAGCACAGACUCCUUCACCCGUCGCGACCACAGACGACCUGGACAAUACUUGGCAAGCCAACAAUGGCGGUAGCGGCACCAGGGUGACCACAGUUUCCAAAAGGAAGCGAAGGAUUAAGGUACCUGAUAAACCAAAUUAUCCCUUGAAUCUAUGGAGUAUCAUGAAAAACUGUAUUGGCAAGGAUUUGUCAAAAAUUCCUAUGCCAGUUAAUUUCUCCGAACCACUUAGUAUGCUUCAACGGCUGACAGAAGACUAUGAAUAUGCAGACAUUCUGGAUAGGGCUGCGGAAUGUACAGAUAGCUAUGAACAGAUGGCUUAUGUAGCUGCGUUCACUAUAUCUAGUUAUUCUACAACUGCUACCAGAACGGGAAAGCCUUUCAAUCCUCUUUUGGGUGAAACUUACGAGUGUGAUCGUACAGAUGAUCUUGGAUGGCGCGCAAUUUCGGAACAAGUAUCUCAUCAUCCGCCUAUGCUAGCACAGUAUUGCGAAGGAAAGAAGUGGCGGUGUUGGCAAGAGUUUACAAUGGCCUCCAAGUUUCGUGGAAAAUAUCUCCAGGUAAUUCCUUUGGGUACUGCUCAUUUGGAAUUUGACAUUGGACAACAGCACUAUACAUGGCGUAAAGUUACUACUACGGUACAUAAUAUUAUAGUUGGAAAAUUGUGGGUCGAUCAGAGUGGUGAUAUGGAUAUCGUAAAUCAUAAGGAAGGUAUCAAGUGCCAUUUGAAAUAUAUACCUUACUCGUAUUUUUCGCGAGAUAGUCAGCGUAAGGUGAAAGGAGUAGUAAUGAAUUCUAAUAAGGAAGUCAAAUGGGUAGUACAGGGUACAUGGGAUGCGAAAAUAGAAAUUGCUCCAGUAAUCAGCACGUCUGGUACACCUGAUAAUCCAGUCUAUAAGACUGGCCCCUACAUAUUGGCGUGGAAACGACGUAUGCCUACUGAUGACUGUGAAAAGUAUUAUUCAUUCACCGAAUUAGCGUGUCAAUUGAAUGAACCAGAAGAGGGCAUAGCUCCGACAGAUUCUCGAUUGAGGCCCGAUCAGCGAUUAAUGGAAAAUGGACGGUGGGACGAAGCUAAUGCUGAAAAAUUGCGUUUAGAAGAAAAACAAAGAGCGUGCAGACGAGCACGCGAGCAUGAUGCCGAAAAGGCUGCCGCACAAGGUUUACCUUAUGAGGCAUAUGAACCAUUGUGGUUCACGAAGAAACAGGAUCCGUAUACAGAUAGUCGUUGUUACGUUUACAACGGCGAAUAUUGGGAUUGUAAGAGUAAAGGUGAUUGGUCACGAUGUCCAAACAUAUUUUAGUUCAUUAUAUAAAUUAUAUAUUCGAUUAUGAUUAUGAGACUCGUCACACAUGUAUAUGCAGUGCAAACAGGUUUUGGAUUACUCACAAGUGACGAUAGUCGAGAUUAUAGUAUAAGUCGCGACCGCUUGUGGUGAAAAAACUUGAAUGCUUAUAAAAUAAUGUUGACGUGAUAAUGGGAUUGUUAUAGGAUAUGGUGUAGCGAGUUUAAUUCUUCCGAAAUUGCUGGCACUUUGAUAUGUAUAAUAUGCAGUUUGCGUAUAUGCAUGUCACGUCAUCUUUGUUAUUUUUGAUUCUCUUCCUCUGCAGCAUUUUGUUUUUUUCUUUUCAAAUACAAUUAGGCGCAUUUAAUGCAGUGCUUAUUCAAUAUACAUUCGUAUAUUAUUUUUUGUUGAAAGAUUUUGUAAAAUUAAUGUAAAUAAGUACUUUCAAAUUUUUUAAUAUGAUUACAAAUGCAUAUUUAAAUUUUGCUGUACGAAUUGAAGAAUCGAUGCUGAAGCGAGAAUCGAUAAAACUAAGCCAAUAUUUUACUACAUCAGCCUAAAACUGAGAUAGCAAUAUUACGAUCGUAGAGAGAGCUCGUAAAGAAGUACUAUCACCUUAAUCGGGAGGAGGGGAUAAUAAUCAAGCUCAAUGUUUCACUUUUAUAAUAUAUCCAGUAUUUUCAAUUUAUUUUUAGACGAAUACAAAUUUAAUUUUCUAGAAACUAAUCCUUAAGUUUUAUCAAAAUUAGUUGUUAGUCCACUAUAUGUAGAUGAAAAUUUUGUGUAUUUCAUCAUUGAUCCAUUGCUAAAAGUAUUUGCAAAUGCAAUAUGCAGAUUUGCACAGCGAGAAAUAAAACUGAGUUGUAUUCGAUAUACAUUGAUAUAAAUCGAGAUGCAAUAAUAUUUUUGUUUCUCACACAGCUCGUUUUUAUGAAGAUAAACAGAAGAUAGACAUUUAGAAGUAUCAAAAAAUUCCAAUUUAUAAUUUUAAUAUAUAUUAGAAUAUGUUUAGUAAUCGUGUCGUAAUAUUUCUCUGCAUUCUUGUGCAGUAUGUAUCUGAAAUAUUCGAAAUGAAAAUAUAAAAAUAUCGGCAGUAUUGUCUAAAUUGAGAAUGAAUAUAGAUAUUGUACAUUAAGAGAUUUAUUCAAUGAUUUCGGAUACACAAGUGCAACGAUAAUCUGAUCGCUCUGUAUUUUAUGUAAUAUAAAUCGACAACCAUGAUGCUUCCAAGUUUGGCCAGUGUUGUUAUUGCGAAAACCACGCCAUUAUGCAUUAUACAUGCUCACGCAAACUUUGAGCCCGUUAGAUAGAAAGGAUACUUUAUUGAGCUAAAAUGCGGUGCGGUAUCAUUAUGGAAGUAGAAUGAUAAAGACCGGAAAUACUUGAAAUGCGAAUCGCGAAGGCUCCUAAGUGCUGCUCCGCCUGAUCAAGUGAAUCUAAAUCGGGCCCCGAGCUUAAUUUCCGAUUGCUUCUUUUUGAAAAUUAUAACAUAGAAAUACUCACACGUCUACAAGCAAGCGUGAAUGAUUUAUAGCGAAUGAUUUGCGUUUGCAUCUAUAUGUAUGUAUGUAUGUAUGUAUGUAUAUGUAUGCAUGAAGUAUGUAUGCUGUUUGUCAAUACACGCAUACACACACGGUUAAUUGAUGAAACUUAUUGUAUAUCCCCCUUGUGAGCGCAUAGGCUGCUUCAUUCGCGACGUUAUCAGGUGUAUAGUUGUAUCCAGCCGUGUGCACGAAUAAUAUAUCUCGACGAUAAGUCGAGCGGAAUGGCUAGCUUA